AUGGAGAAUUUGUUAACAUGGUCACUGCCAGGAUCUCCCUGUAGGCAAGAGCUUGAAAGUAUAUCACCCUCUUUGCCAUGUUCAACACAAAAUGCUCUUGCACCACUGCCUGAGGUUAAUUUGGUAAAAUGGAAGGAUUUAUUUAUGGGUGUUGGCCAGACAUUUGAUGAUGCAAUUGUAUUCAGAAAAGCACUAUAUAAAUACAGCCUUGCUCAUAGGUUUGGUUACAUAUUUGUGAGAAACAGCCCUAAGAAGAUGAUUGUCAAAUGCAAUAUUGAUGGUUGUAAAUGGAAGAUAUCAACUUAUGCUCUUGGGAAGACAACCUCUAUAUUGGGGAAUGUGGAGAAAACGUCAAAUGAGAUUAGACAAGACCUCUACAAAGAGUAUGGGUUAAAUCUCACAUAUCGACAAGCUUUGAGGGGAAAAGAUAGAGCAUUGGAGGAAAUACAUGGGCUUCCACAGCAGUCAUACAUGUUGAUUCCAUGGCUUUGUGAGAAAUUGAAGGAGACAGACCCAUACACAGUUGCAAAGUGGGUUUCCUCGACAAAUUAUAGAUUUGAUAGACUUUUUAUUGCAUAUGGAUGCUGCAUCAAAGGGUUUCUCCAAGGUGCUCGUUCAAUUUUGUUUAUCGAUGGAAGUCAUUUAAACGGUCCAUAUAAGGGGACUUUGCUAGCAGCUUCUGCAAUUGAUGCAAAUAAUGACUUAUUUCCUUUGGCUUAUGCAAUAGUGGGUGGAGAAACAUAUGAUAAUUGGGCUUGGUUUCUUGAAAAUGUGAGAGAGAUCACACACCAAGUUCAAUUGACCAUAGUGUCAGACAGGCAUAAUGCUAUUGUUGGUGCAGUGCGUGCAAUAUUUGAUGGCAAUCGACAUGCUUUUUGUUAUCGUCAUGUCAAAGAAAAUUACAGCUCAGAAUUUACAAAAAUUAAUAGAGGCAUGCGAAGGAUUGAUGGGAUGACUAAGGAAGAUGCACUUAAGUUGUUGGAUAAUAUUGCAUAUGCAAGGUUGGAAACAGAAUUUCAUGUUACUAUGGGUCAUUUGAUGGUUUUCUCCCCACAGUUGGCAAGAUGGUUAGAAACAAAUGGGGACAUAAAUCGUUGGGCGUUAGCAAGAUUUCCAUACAAAAGAUGGGACAAUAUAACAUCAAACCAUGCUGAAUCUUUCAAUGCUUGGUUAGUGAAAGAGAGAAAACAUCAUAUAUGUGCGUUGAUAAAUGAGCACCGAGCAAAAUUAGCGAGGAAGCUAUACAAUAGCAAAAUAGAAAUAGCGAAUUGGUCAAACGGAGUUGGACCACGUGUUGAGGCAAAAUUGAGGGAGAAUGUAUUGAGAGCUGAAGUUAUGGUGGCUGAACAUUAUAGUGUGAAUAUGAUACUAGUGAAGGGUAAUGUGUAUUCAUAUGUUGAAGAAUGCUAUACUAUUCGUGUACAAGAAAAAAUUUACAGCUCCACAGUGAUUUCGGUGGAAACCAUUGACAUGCCUCAGUUGAUCGGGCUACAUUAUGAAGAUUAUGAAAAGAAUACCUUUUUGGAACCACCACUGACUACACGUCCCCCAGGGCGACCACCUACCAAGCGAAGAGAGUCAUAG